GCGGGUUCUCUCUAGUCUAACUUGAAAAAAAUUAAUAAUUUGGUUUUCAUCAACCUGCUAACAUGAAAUUUCGUGGUAAAAUAUUUGAUAUAUGUAAUAUUCAUAAUUUAACGAAAAUAAUUGCCACAAUUUCAAAGCUAACGAAAAACUGCAAAUUACGUCUAACUGCACAAAAGCUGUACUUGAUUUUUCUUGAACAUACAGUUACUGGAGGUAUUGGAGUGUGGUGUGAAAUGUCCCAAGAAAAUUUAUUCAAUGAAUAUUUAAUGGAAGGUGUUAACCUGGAAACAGCAAAUGAAAUUUAUCUUUCCGUUAAUGUUGAAAACUUUUUAAAGUGUUUAAAAUGUUCUCAAAAUGCCAAAUCACUCAAAAUAAAGUUGACAAGAAAGGGGUCACCUUGUUUAACAUUCGAAGUCGAACAGCCAACACUCUCGGGAACAUCACGAAAAGUGAUGCAUGAUUCUGCAGUUGAGCUAAUUGAAAGAAAGUUCUGGGGAGACUUUGCAGAGCCUCUUCUGCCUCAAUUUGGAGUCAGCAUAUACAUGCCUCCUUUGAAAAUAGUUAAAAAUGUUAUUGAAAGAAUGAAAAACUUGAGCAACCACGUGAUUGUGGGAGCCAAUCAUGAAGGUGAAAUGGUAUUCAAGAUUGAAAAAGAUCUUGUUAAUGUAUCAACGCACUUUGAAAAUUUAACCUAUCCAGGUUUAAAAACACAACCGAGGAAACCACUCAGUUGCAACAGCAAAGAGGUAGUUGAAGUGAAAGUUGAUGUAAAAAAACUGGCUCAGCUGCUCAGUGGUCAGCAGAUUAACCCAACAAAAGUCAUUUGCAACAUAACGCCAGACGAAAUGCUACAUUUAAUAUUGAUCAAUGAAGAUAUGUCUUUGCAGUAUUUUAUACCUUCUGUAGUUUGUUAA